CAGGGACGGUGUGCAUGAAAGAAGACUGAGUUUUCAUAUAUUAACUGCGAACUUCACAAGUACUGAAUUAAGUUGUUCGGAGAGCUGACAGACAGAGGAAGGACCAUGAAAGAUUUUGAAGAGCUGAGAAAACUGUGCUGCAGCGAUGACGCUGAUGCGAUCGAGAUGACUGCAACAAGUAAUGGUAUCGAGAAGGACAUAAAGAAGAGCGGAAACUUUGUGGCUCCCACUGUGAAGGACAUCCUAAAACUGAAGAAGAAGAAAGAGGUGCUGUGUGAGAAUUCUUCCACUGAGAUUAAGGGCCAGAAUGGAGAAAGCACAGAGGACGUGUGUCUAGAUAUGGAAAGGAAAGGCCAGAAGAACUUUGCACUGAAACAAAAGAAAUCCGUGCUAGAACAGAAACAGGCCAAGACAUGUCUCGAUGAAGGCUGUGUCAACAAACCGGGAAAAAUCAACAAUAAGAACCCUGAAGAAAAGGUUAAACACAAGACUAAGUGUGUUGGCCGUACAGCUAAACCAAAUAAGGAGAUCCCGACACUCAGUGACAGUCAGUAUGAAAUGAUCUUCCAGUCUGUCAUAGACAAGUCUCUGGAGGAAUGCAUAGCUAGUCGUAAGAAGCAUGAAGUGGAAAGCUUUCUGGAGGACAGUGAAUUGCUGCUUGCCAGUGAGAACACUGAACCCGCCAUAAACAACUGUAGUGAGGAUUUAGAGAUGCAGGGAGUUCGGAAGAUAAAGACCAAAGCAAAGGACAAGAAAGUGAAUAGAUUGUCUCGGAAAAGUAAAAGUGCCACCAAUAUACAUGAGGCAAGUGAAGCGAACAAGGAGAGAAGAAAGCAUAAACGGAAAGGCCAGCCAAAGAAAAUUGUUCCCGACUACACCCGAUUUAUCGACGACGAUGAGGAAACCGCAAUAGAUAAUUAUGUUGCCUGGGCCCAGUGCGGCAGGAAGCUGUGUGGGAAGUGGAGGCGGCUGAAAGACAAUGUGGAUCCGGCCACCCUGGCAAAGGACUGGACUUGCAGUCAGAACCCAGACGCUCUGUACAACUCGUGUGACCUGCCUGAAGAAGUCUGGGACGGAAAGGAUAACGACAUUAUUUACGCUGAGCUGGUUCCUGGUUCCAUAGUGUGGGCCAAGCAGUCUGGAUAUCCGUGGUGGCCAGCUAUGGUGGAGCAUGACCCUCAGAGUGGGAAAUACUUCAUGUUUACAAGCGACUCCGAUCAGUGUCCGUCAAAAUAUCACGUUACAUUUUUCGACAACAUCGUAACCCACGCAUGGAUUUCGGUAUCGCUGAUAAAGAGUUUCCAAGAAAAUCCACGGGACAAAAGUAUAUCGCGGUAG